AUGAAUCACAGAACACGCUGUUUUUUUAUUCAGUCGUAGUAUAUUCUCUUGUUCGAGUAAUAUAUUUGUUGUAACUUUCUGUGAAACAUAUGCUUUUCACUGUUAAUUUUCGGGAGUUGUGUUUGUCCUCAUCACCAACCAUUACAAGUGUGUAUAGUAUUAUAUUGGCAAAGACACGUGGUUUGAAUCUAGGGUGUAACGCUAUCGGCAAUUGUAUACGAGGAAUUUAUGUGAGCAACUUACAAGUAAAGGAAUAAAGGAUGCAAAUGAAAAUAGCACAUACUCUUCGAAAUCGAGUUUACGUCUAUUUUUCAAGAUGUAAUAUGAGCAGUUUUAACUACAAAAGUUGUAUUGAUGUUUCACCAGAAGUAUCAAAGGCUUUAAGAAGUCACACCCCUGUAGUUGCAUUGGAGUCCACAAUAAUCAGUCAUGGAAUGCCUUAUCCUCAGAAUCUUCAGACAGCUUUACAAGUUGAAGAAAUUGUUCGAAACGAGGGUGCUGUGCCAGCAACAGUAGCAAUUGUCAAAGGUCGAAUCAAAGUUGGCCUGAAUCAGGAAAUGCUGGCAGAGUUUGCUAGUUUGAAGACUCCUGUCGUGAAGACAUCAAGAAGAGAUUUUCCGUAUGUACUCAGUAAGGGUUUGAAUGGUGGUACCACUGUUGCUGGUACGGUUAUUGUAUCAAGUGCAGUUGGAAUUAAAGUUUUUGCCACAGGUGGCCUAGGUGGGGUGCACCGAGGUGGUGAGAAGACGAUGGAUGUAAGUGCGGACCUUAUGGAGCUGGGACGCAACCCUGUAGCUGUGGUAUCCAGUGGUGUGAAAUCUAUUCUGGAUAUUGAAAGAACACUUGAGUACUUAGAGACUCAAGGUGUUUGUGUAGUAACAUUUGGUGAGAACAAAAAUUUCCCAUCUUUCUAUACACCUCGGAGUGGUGUCGAGGCUCCGUAUAACAUUGAAUCACCAGUUGAGGCAGCCUUGUUGAUUGAAAAGCUGUUUGAACUGCACCUCAAUUCUGGCAUAUUGCUGGCAGUUCCCAUCCCAGACGCAGAGGCUAUAGAAGGAAAUGAAAUUGAGAAAGCCAUUAGCACAGCAGUGAAGGAAGCGGAAGAUCAUGGUAUCAAAGGAAAGGAAGUGACUCCAUUUGUUCUUAACAGAGUGAUUAGCCUCACAGGGGGAAGAUCUCUUGAAUCAAACAUUGCCCUAAUUAAGAACAAUGCUAAAGUUGGAGCCCAAGUUGCUUUGGAAUUGGCAAAGAGACAAAUGCAUUCUUCAAAACAGUUGUCAUCUGAAGAUGUUUUUCAAUCAUUGCAUGCUGCAUCAAGCGAGCGAUGUGCGGCAAAAUCGUCACCGGUUGUCGUUAUAGGGGGCAGUGUGUUGGAUUCGGUCCUAGCGAUCAAGGAGAACUCCAUAUUGGCGAAUGGCAGCACACACGCCGGCCAAAUUCGACAGUCGGGCGGUGGUGUUGGGAGGAAUAUAGCAGACGCCCUUGGAAAACUCGGAACACUGCCAUUCCUGAUCUCCGCCAUAGGGAACGAUUACGCGGGAGACUAUCUUGUGAAGAACACUCUUAAGCACAUUGAAACAAGCGGGUUGUUGUGGUUAGACCACUGCAGGACUGCCUGUUACAGCGCCAUUGUCAACAAGCAUGGGGAGUGUUACUUCGGAGUCGGCGACAUGGUCACACAUGACUACAUCUCUCCUAAACUGGUCGACAACUUCUUAGAUGAAAUAAAGCAGAGUUCCCUAGUGGUGUUGGAUGGAAAUAUUCCUGUCGAAACAAUGGACUACGUUCUUGCCGUAUGCAAGAAGUCGCAAAUACCAGUUUGGUUUGAACCAACAGAUAUAAGGAAAGCUGGGAAAGUGUUUCAGUCUCGGCAUUGGACAACUUUAGGCUAUGUAUCACCCAACUUGAAUGAGCUGCAAGUGAUGUCACAGGCAUCAGGAUUAUUUUACAGCCUAAGCCAAUUUCAUUCUGCAUGUGAGGAUGACACCAUACUCAGUGAAGCAUCGUUCCUUGCUCGAAACCUUGUUGAACACAUUGGAGCUGCUUUUGUCACAUUGGGAAGGUUGGGUGUCUUGAUAGUACGAGAGGGUGAAGCAGAUGAACCCCUGUUACAGUCAAGUCGUGAUAUUACACGUACUAGGUCCAAUGUGUGUGUUCGCCAUUAUGCAGUACCAGUUGGUAUCGCUGAACAUAGGAUAGUGAAUGUUUCAGGAGCAGGAGACUGCUUCGCUGCAGGCAUGAUAGAAGCCAUGUUGCGUGGUCUACCAGAAACUGAAUGUGUAUCUGCAGGAUUUACUGCAGCUGCUUGGUCCAUGCAGUCAUCUUUUACUGUACCAGAAAACAUUUGUGAUUCCAACAUUCCAGCUUGUGCAGAAUACACACUCAUCCAUUCUUGAAGAUCUGGACCAUACAGCAGACGUUCAAAAGUGAGCAUUUUGGAAUUUGAUAGAACAAAGUUUCACAUCAGAGCUGCUGCAUAUGGUGAAGAAUUUCAGAUUGGAAAGCAUCCACAGGGGAGUGAAGUAAAAGCAAUAACCUAUUCAAACAUGCAAAUACAU